GGUAUUUCUCGCUCGUCGAUCAGUGUGUACGGUACUUCUCGCUCGUCGAUCACUCCAGUGAAGCCCAGAGAAGGUGCAGGUCGGACGAUGGGGCUUCUCUCUGUGAGUGUCGGUCACUUUCGGAACCGAGUCCGGGCGGUUCGGACGUGGAGCCGAGAAUUAUCCACCAUUUCAGCUUCUCUUUGCAACGGCGGCGCACUUGCGUUGAAGGCGUCACUGAUCCAAAGGAGAUGUGGAGGACUAUAUCAACACAGUUUUCCACUCGCUCGGCUACUUAGCUCGAACAAACCACCAAGAGGUUUUGAAAAGUUUUUCCCAAAGAGUGAAGAAAGCACCGGCGUCAACAAAUCAGCUGAAGAUGAAAAUACCAAAGAGCAAGAAUGUCUUGUAAGGAAAGAGCGGGACACAGAUGAUGAUGAGGACGACAAACGAAGAGGAAGAAAAAAAGAAGAAUCUCACUGGUGGACGCGUUUUCAGGAUGGUUUUCCGUUGGACAAAAAAGCAGUUCAGUACUUUGCAAUCGGUGCAGCAGGCAUGACCUCAGCGUUUUGGUACUUUUACUUUCGAGAGACGGGGGUGCAGAUCUCCUGGAAGGACUUUGUGCAUCAUUACAUGAACAGAGGCUUGGUGGAUCACCUGGAGGUGGUCAAUAAACAAUAUGUCAAAGUAAUUCCUGCCAAUGGAGUGAAGACAUCAGAAGUGAGCUAUUUGUGGUUCAACAUUGGCAGUGUUGACUCAUUUGAGCAUAACCUGGAAACGGCCCAGAAAGAAAUGGGUUUGGACUCACAGAAGGUACCUGUGUUUUACAGCAGUGAAAGUGACGGGACACUGCUUUUCAGUGUUCUCCCCACUUUACUCCUGGUCGGCUUUUUACUUUUUGCUAUGCGGCAGGGACCAAUGGCAGGCGGUCGUGGGGGUAGUCGGCAAGGAAACCCCUUCAGUAUGAGUGAAUCCAAAGCCAAGGUAAUAAAAGACAACAUCAGCUUUCGGUUCAAAGAUGUUGCUGGCUGUGAGGAGGCCAAAGUGGAGAUUUUGGAGUUUGUCAACUUCUUGACAAACCCGCGGCAGUACCAGGGCCUAGGAGCCAAGAUCCCAAAGGGUGCGGUGUUAUCGGGCCCACCUGGUACCGGCAAGACCUUGUUAGCAAAGGCCACAGCAGGAGAGGCCAACGUCCCCUUCAUCACUGUCAACGGCUCAGAGUUCCAGGAAAUGUUUGUUGGCGUGGGCGCAGCGAGGAUAAGGGAUACGUUUGCCACAGCUCGAAAAAAUGCCCCUUGCAUCCUUUUCAUUGACGAGAUCGACGCAGUUGGCAGAAAAAGAGGCAAUGGGAGCUUUGGCAACCAGAGCGAGCAGGAAAACACCCUCAACCAGUUGCUUGUGGAAAUGGACGGUAGGGAGUUAUUAUCAUCUCUUUCGUUGUUCAAGCCAUUCCUGGUGCAACAUUUACCAGCUCUUUGUAUGCUAUUUGUUUUUGUCAUUACAGGAUUCAACAGUAGCACUAACGUGGUUGUUUUAGCUGGCACCAAUCGAGUUGAUAUCCUGGAUCCAGCUCUGAUGAGGCCAGGACGCUUUGAUCGACAUAUAUACAUAGGCCCACCAGAUAUUAAAGACAGGGCAUCCAUCUUUAAGGUGCAUUUAAGACCUCUGAAGUUGGACAUUACUAUUGAAGUAGAGGCUUUGGCCAGGAAGCUAGCUGCGCUAACCCCAGGUUUUACUGGGGCAGAUAUUGCUAAUGUGUGCAAUGAGGCUGCUCUAAUAGCUGCACGCCACCUCAACCAUCAUGUCAACUCGAAGCACUUUGAGCAGGCAGUCGACAGAGUUAUUGGAGGUCUGGAGAAAAAGACUCAGGUACUGCAGCUUCCAGAGAAAACUACCGUGGCGUAUCAUGAGGCCGGACAUGCUGUAGCGGGCUGGUUCCUAGAACAUGCAGACCCCCUUCUUAAGGUGUCAAUUGUUCCCAGAGGGAAAGGUUUGGGUUAUGCACAGUAUCUGCCUAAGGAACAGUACCUGUUCACUCAGGAGCAGCUGUUUGACAGAAUGUGCAUGAUGCUGGGGGGUCGAGUGGCUGAGCAGGUUUUCUUUCAACGAGUCACCACCGGUGCGCAGGAUGACCUCAGGAAGGUCACGCAGUCUGCGUAUGCACAGGUUGUACAGUUUGGAAUGAACGAUGCGGUUGGUCAGAUAUCCUUUGACCUGCCUCAGCAAGGCGAUUUUGUAACUGAGAAGCCCUUCAGUGAACCUACAGCCCAGCUUAUAGACCAGGAGGUCCGCCUGCUUAUUGAUUCUGCCUUCCAACGAACACUUCAGCUUGUUACCGACAAGAAAGAAAUGGUGGAGAAGGUGGCAAAACGUCUUCUAGAAAAGGAGAUUCUAGACAAAGCCGACAUGGUGGAGCUGCUAGGAACUCGUCCUUUUCAGGAGAAGUCAUCGUAUGAGGAGUUUGUUGAAGGGCUGGGGGAGCUUGAGGAGGACACCGCUCUACCCGAAGGGCUGAAGAACUGGAACAAGAACAAAGGGGAGGAAAACCCCCCACAGAAUCAACAAAACAAAGCAGCCCUUUACCUGUAGGUGGAUGCACAGCCUCAAGGCAAAUAUUCCACUGUAUUCAGCUGAAUAUAGUUCAGCAGCAUCUGGUCUCUGAAAGAAAUUCCUUGUUCAUCUCAUGGACAGCGGCAAAGGGAGGGAUGAAGUUGUUUUGCACAGGUCUUACAUGGCCCAGAUAAUGCAAUUUUUCAUGUUGUAGAUUGUAUACUCUGGGAGCGAAUUCCAAAAAAUGACUCAUCUUUUUACUGUUAGAUCAGUUUUGGGUCAGUAAGCUAAGGCUUAUAUGAAAACUGCAGUUUGUGACUUACAUUUCACUGGAGGGGCCUUCUUCUGACAAACACACUACAGAAUAAUCUGCAGUCAUGGUCAGGAUGUUUGUACAUUCAAAACACAUUGACAUCAUGUGACAUUAGUGUGUACAUUAGUUGUGGUGUGUAUUUGUUAGCUACACACUGUACUGGUAUCAUGUGAGUUAAAUUAUAUUCUGGGGCCCAUUGCACUUGUCCAACCUUAAAUCUAUAAAUUGAAUAAGACUGCUUCCAAUCUUGGCCACCCCUUUAUUCUGUUAGUAAUUCAAUAUUUAAAAUGUGUUUUCCCCGAGUGGAGAAACCAGAUUCUCUGACGGAUGUUUUAAGUUUUUAAAGGUACUUUCACUGUACUUUUGACUUUUUAAAGUCUUUCUUCACACCAUUGUAGAAUGAAAACAUUCUUACAUUUCUGUGACAUUUUGUCUUAACUCAAAUACAUUUCCAUCACCAUUAUAGUCUUCCAGCAGACUUCAACCUGUAUCAGUAAAGGUAGAUGUUAGAACUCAAGUGUUUAUACUUUUGCUUUGUGCACACAUGACUGAUAUUACAAAUGCAAUUGGAUCAGAUGUACUGUAGGUUAUUGUAGGUUAUUGUCAUUUCCUCGGUAUCCCAUAGUUACAAGAGUCAACAUUGAUGCAGUCAUCCAUCACUUGAUUUGAUGGUUACUUAAGAACUGGGAACAACUGAGCUGAGUACGAUUUAAAUAUAAGCUGACAAAAUGGCAUACCACAAAAUCUUCACUCACUCACACUACCUCUGAAUCUCUGUAUUCUUAACUACCUCUUAAAAUAACAUUCAUCUUUUGGCAAUUUAUUGAUCACAAUAUUGAAACUACAGUUUGGUUAUGCUUUUAUUGUUAAUCAUAUGAAAUUACAUUCAGUCUGAUACUUUCUGUGUUUUACUGCAGUUCAUGUGGAUAACACAAAUGAGUAAGGGCUGAAAGUAAAGAGAGCAUGAAUUGGCUUUUCCAUUGAUGGACUGGCUGACCUAACCUUGACACCCUCGUCCAGCAUUUAUUAACAUGGCAACAAUUUGCCGUUACUCAGGAAAUCACCAUUCUGCCAGCUGUGGCUUGUGUUUGAAUGUCUUCCCUAAUUGUGAGGCAUCCAAGCUAAGCUCGAUAACCAUUCAUGUAGCAUUCUCAAGCUCCUGAGCUGAGUUACCAGGUGUAUUAUAACACAUAACACUUGAAGUAAAUGCCUUGCAGUGUGAGCCUUUUUUUGUCCAAUAGCUGGUUAAACCGACUAGCUUGCCUCUGGAACAUUGAUGAGCGAGCUGGUUGUAUAUCAGUGUAAAUAAAAUGUAUUGUGUGAAUUGUGCCUGCUCGACAAUGCACUACUCUUGUACUUGCUGGAUAUAUAUUUCAACAUGUCAGUGAGUAUUAUUGAUUUUUCAUUGAGAUGUGACGACAAAUGAGGUGUCUGAGGCUUUUGUUGCUUUCACCAAUAUUAAACAGCUUUUAUACACUGCUGGUUUGUCUUUUUUAUUCCCAGUAUAUUUUAUUUUGUUUCUUUA